AUGGGUGACGAUAUACGUGUCGAGCUCGGCUCAGUUGCGCUCAAUGCCUCAUCCCCAAAGAAGGUUGCUUACUUCUACGAUUCCGAUAUUGGUAACUAUGCAUAUGUCACUGGUCAUCCAAUGAAGCCUCAUCGCAUUCGGUUGGCGCAUAGCUUGAUUAUGCAGUACAACCUCUACCAGAAGAUGGAGAUCUACCGCGCGAAACCUGCGACUCGAGGCGAGAUGACCCAAUUUCACACCGACGACUACAUCGAUUUCCUCCAAAAGGUCACGCCAGACAAUAUGGACAGCUUCAUGAGGGAGCAAGGAAAAUACAACGUCGGAGACGAUUGUCCCGUAUUUGACGGUCUUUUCGAAUUUUGCGGCAUCAGUGCAGGAGGCAGUAUGGAGGGCGCUGCGCGACUGAACCGCCAAAAGUGCGACAUUGCUAUCAAUUGGGCGGGUGGUCUUCACCACGCGAAAAAGUGUGAAGCCAGUGGUUUCUGCUACGUCAACGACAUCGUCCUCGGCAUUCUCGAACUUCUUCGAUUUAAAAAGCGGGUCCUCUACAUCGACAUCGAUGUCCAUCAUGGCGAUGGUGUUGAGGAGGCUUUCUACACCACCGACCGUGUCAUGACUGUUUCUUUCCACAAGUAUGGCGAGUAUUUCCCUGGAACUGGUGAGCUUAGAGAUACUGGUAUUGGACAGGGAAAGAACUACGCCGUCAACUUUCCUCUCCGAGAUGGUAUUACCGAUGCGUCGUACCGUUCGAUCUUCCAGCCUGUUAUUGAGAACGUCAUGAAGUACUACCAGCCUGAGGCUGUUGUCUUGCAAUGUGGUGGCGACAGUCUGUCUGGCGAUCGUCUCGGUUGCUUCAACCUGAGCAUGGAUGGUCAUGCCAACUGUGUCAACUUUGUCAAGAGCUUCAACCUUCCUACUCUGGUUCUCGGCGGAGGUGGCUACACAAUGCGAAACGUCGCACGUACUUGGGCGUUUGAGACCGGUGUUCUUGUUGGCAAGGAGAUGGAACGAACAUUGCCUUACAACGAAUACUACGAAUACUAUGCACCUGACUUUGAGCUGAAUGUCCGUUCAUCCAAUAUGGAGAACUCCAACAGCCGAGAGUAUCUUGAAAAGAUUACUUCCGCCGUCAUCGAUAACCUUCGACAAACUGGACCUGCACCGUCAGUCCAGCUGCAGGAUGUCCCACGAAAGCCCUUUGGUGGCAUGACUGAUGAGGAGGAGGCUGAGUUGGAUGACCUGGAUGAGGAUGAGAACAAGGACGUGCGCAUGUCAGAGCAUCGAUGGGACAAGCAUGUUGAACACGACAACGAGUUCGAGCCCAGUGAUGAUGACGAUAUGGCUCGCGCAAAUGGUGCCACACGCCAGAACGGUAAUAAGCGUAGCUUUACCGACUUCCGCAAGGGAGAGAUGGACGUCGAUAACCCCGACGCUCCUCCUGCAAAGGUCACCAAUGGCACUCCCGCCGACGAAUCUGUUGACGAACACGUUGCCGAGGAUACCCACGACAUCAAUGACGAUACCAUCGACGAUAUUUCGGCGCAUGGCCAAGCCGACAAGGAUUUACCGGAGAAAGAAGUCGAAAAGCCUAAGGAGACCGCCAAGGAACCUGAAACUACCAAAGUGGACGGUGACGGCGACGUAGGGAUGGAGGACUCCGCAGCUGCAGAGGAAACAACAACAAUCAAAACGGAAGAGAUCGAGCCAGAGGCGGCUGCCGAGCCUCCAGUGUCUACCGAGAAGCCUACGCAAGACAAGCCAGCUGCUCAGGAGACCGCCGACACAACUACCAAGGAGUCUGGCUCAGAGCCUAAACCUACCGAAGAAGCCGCCGAGAAGUCGACAACAGCACCCGAGAAGGCUCAAAGCAACCAACCUGACGAUGCUAUGGACGUUGAUAUGGAGAAGGACAAGCCAGAGCAACCCACAGAGAAGAGCAAGAGUCCCGCAAACUAG